CCGAGUCACUCCGGCGAAGGUCCGACUCAAUGGCUGACCGAGUCCACCCUCGUGACUCCCCGCCUGAACUGCCGUCGUCCCCGACGACUGAGAAGCCUCCACGGCAGCUGCGAUCGCCAACGAAGCCGACGCUCCCGUCACAAGAUAAGCCCGUCCCGCCUCCGCUCACCUUCGUCGUCCAGCUCCCCAAGGACCAAAUCUACCGCGUCCCGCCGCCGGAGAACGCCAAGCUCUUCGAGCGCUACACCCGCCGGGGCAAGCGCCGCGGGAGCCCCUGCUGCUGCAUCUUCCUCGCCAUCGUGGCCCUCGUCCUCCUCGUCGGCGCCGCCGCCGGCCUCUUCUACCUCAUCCUGAGGCCAGAGCCACCGAAAUACGCCAUCGAGGGCGUGGCGAUCAGCGGCAUCGACCUGAACGCAACCUCCGCGAUGUCCCCGGAGAUCGGUCUCACCAUCCGGGCAGUGAACCCUAACAACAAGAUCGGGGUUUAUUACGUGGGCGGAAGCUCCGUCAACAUGUACUACAAUGACGUUAGGUUGGCCGGCGGCACCGUGCCGGCGAUGUACCAGUCGCCGAACAGCUACACGAUGCUUAACGUGACGCUAGCGGGGAGCGACGUCGUCUUGACGAGCGAUUCGCGCCGGGAUUUGACGGCGGGGCAGAGCCAGGGAAGCGUGCCGUUGAGGUUGAAGGUGAAGGCGCCGGUGAAGUUCAAGGUCGGCGCCGUCAAGACGUGGAAGAUCACCGUUAAGCUGUCGUGCGACGUGACGGUGGACAAGUUGACGGCGUCAGCGAAGGUUGUGCAUGAGGAUUGCGAUUAUAGAGUGAAUAUAUUUUAAUGAGAGACAUAGAAAAACGGGUUAAAUAUUUGGUAGGCCGUAGAAGUUUGUUGAAGACUGAGUCGGUAUAUAAAGUUCGGUAAAAAAUAAUAUUAAAAAAAAGGUAUUUACUUUAUUUAUCGGGUGCGUAGGAUGAAAUUUAUGUAUACUGAGUUACAUCAUCGUGUGAAAAUAAACGCGUCAUUUAGCCAA